AUGAACAUCAUCCCCAUCGGAGGACACCUCAUACACGAAUCCUUUGUGCUCCCGGACUACUCGUGCUCGGACGGGGAUAAUGUUAGUAUCGACACGAAGUAUGUCCGCCUGGUGCCUGGAUUGAACUUUGAGUACAAGGCUGUUGAGGAAGUUAUGGGAAACAUUGUAGUCAACGAAUCGGACACAUGGGACGAAAAAGGGAUCAGGAUCGUCGUCAUCAAAAAGGCAUACUCCACAAAAUCCCUCGACCAAAUCUCCCACACCCUCGAAAACAUCAACGGCACCACCGUCUCGCGGGUUCAUCUCAAAGAUACGCUUAGCAAGGACCAAAAGGAGAAGAUUGCCUUUCAUGGGGGCUGUCUUCGUGCUGAUGUUCAGAUCACCUACCCUCGCGCCUCGUCUUCUUUUGUUUCUCGGACUGAGGGCGAGAGUGUAGUUGCUGCGACUGGGCCUGGAUCUGUACGGGAUUUGGGAGCGCUGAGUCUGAGCACCACCAUGGGCGAGAUCUCGGUCAAGUUGGCGUCGAGAGGAGAGGAGGCUUACAGUCUGAACUCUUUCGGAGUCAAAGUCGUGCAUGGAGAUGUGGAUGUUAGUAACUUGGUCGUGGUCAAGAAGACGCAUGUCGAGAUUGUCAAUGGUCAGGUCUUGGCGGAUUUGACGACUGCGGGAGCUGUCAAGGUCGAUAUGGUCAAUGGAGGUAUUGUGUUGGCGAUUGAGUCUGCAGCACCCCGGACAAAGCUGAUGUUGGGACGUGGUGUUGGUGGUGGUUGGGCGCCUGAAAAUCUGGAUGUGGAGGCCAAUGCGGUCAAUGGACCCGUCAGUGUCACCUUUAGGAACCAUUUCCAUGGCCAUUUCACGCUAGAGAGCCAAGUCGGGUCGACAUCCUUCACGGUCCCAGCGGGCGACAGAAAGACGACCCCCACCAACCCAAGCGGUAAGCACGAGGGAUGGGUCUCCGAGGACGGUAAAGAGCCUCUCUCUGCGCUUCCCAGACUUGUUGUCAAGACUGCCAUUGGCACCAUCAAAGUCAAGGUCGAGCCCAAUAACAAAUAUACCAGCCCUUGA